AUGGAUUUGAAGAAUACAAAAAUCACAAAUUUAACAGAGUACACUUUCCUUUCUCGGGAUAUGAUUACUAAAUAUUCCCAAUUGAAAAUAACGCUAAAUAGUUCAACCCUUGUUACUUUGAAUAAAUUCAAAAUUUUUGAAACUGAGUAUUUUAUAAAGUACUCCAAAUGCGGCGCUGCAUUCCAAGCUCUUGAAAAAAUGUUGCUAAUUCGACCUUCGAAAACUUGGGAUGAUCUUUCAAAGGAGCUCGUUUCGCUAUUAAAAUUUUGGUUUAAUAAACUCCAACAUCAAAUGAUAAAACACAACACUGUUUGGUGGAAUUUUCUACUAAAGCUUUUGAAUUUUGUUAAAGAAUUAAGAACCAAAAGCCCACUCUUAAACUAUAAACUCGUAGAAGGGCUGGGUGAAGAUUUUCUUCAGCUGAGCACAAAUAACAAUCUGGACUUGAAUCAGCGUCGGGCGACGCUUCAAUGCUUCAACGCGUGCUGUGCGGAGUUGCCCAAACAGUCUAGAUUGGCUUUGAGGGAAAUGUUUGAAGAGUAUUUUACGAAGCUGGCGCACGAGAUGCCGUCGUGGGGUGACUUCAGGUUACAGUUCAACACGAUGGAGACUCUUUUGAGGUGGCUCUUGAGGCGGAACGAACGUACCUUUCGAGAAGAAGUCGCCGCUUUGUGGUUCCCGCGUGACCUCUAUUCGAGAAUGGCCGUCAAAAUCUUUUUGGAGAGGGAUUGGAAGAACUUCUUUAAGGACGCGAGAGAUUUCCUAAACGCACAGAACGAGAAUAACUCUUCAAUAAUUUCUUUAAUUUGUAAAAAAUUAAAUAUUGGCAAAACUGAGGCGAUCACUGCUAAGGAUAAAAAACACUGGAUUGAUUUUAACAUAGCUAAUAACUGCAUUUCCCUGAUGCUGGAGUUAAAAUUGCUGGAGGUUCUUAAAAUCGCGAACUCCGUCUUCGACGCUCUCGUGAUUGAGGAAGAUAACACAAGAUCUGUGAAAUUGAUUAGAAAUGGCGCUUUUAUUCAAAUAGACAUAAUCGUAAUGGAGCCUUUGAACCGAUCAUCUGAAAAAAUUAACAAUGAACGCGAAAUUAGUAUUUAUAUGAACGCGAUAAACGCCGAAAAAGUAAAUGAGUCGCUAAAGAAAAUAUUUGGAAACAAAUAUGAGGCUUCGUUCGUGGAAGAAGGUAAACAUCAGUGUUCACCCAACACCGCUGGAGAAUGUUCACAAAUAGAAAACUCGGAGGAUAGUCGACAGUUUGCCAUUAACACGAGACGCGGGAAGCAAAGCCGGGUCGCAGCCGCAACCCUCAAUAGGCAAUCCAACGCAUGGAAGUCGCCGUCCACUACUUCCACGACCUCAUUGCUUUUACUCAAAGAAAAAUUAUCGGAGUAUCCAGGGUGUGUCGGAGCAAACGACGAAGAAUACGGCGGUAUUUGCGCGAAGCCGCUGUUGCCUCGAGUUGCCGAAGAAUCCGAAAACGAAGACGACAUAUUAUGUGUUUUGACACCUCGUAACAAACCGCGAUGCAAUGCGGUCUUCUCCCACAAAAUUAACGUUCGAGAUUCUGUAGACAAAACCACGGCUUCUAAGCCCAGCACUAUCAGCUUAGUCUUAGCUACGACUAUAGAUUCUUACGAAGCCAACGCCCCACACGACACCUUGGAUGGCUUUCCGGAAGACCUCGAACUGAACACGCUCAAUUAUAUGGCGUACCGUCAGCAAAACAAAAGUGAAAGUACAUCAGACUUACAAAGCGAAGUCAUUGAAAAUACUCCGUUUGUUAGACCAAUCCUCGACGCACGUGAAAACGUUCAAGUUUGUGACAAAAAUUAUAAAACGCAUUACGAACUUAUCGAAGCGGACGUAAUCCAAUGCGUUAACGAUUUAGUUGAUCAAGUUUGCGCAGAUUAUGAAAUGAAUUCGCAUUUAAUGAAUGAAAAGGAAUUCACGAAUAAAUUACUCAUUGAAGCUGGUCUUCCAAUAACCACCCAAAGUGAGCAUCGGUCGACCGAUACCCAAAAAGCAAAGAAGAAAACGGCUAAGCCGAUUGAAAUUACUUUUCCAAAGACCAAGGUCAAUAAGAGGAAAGGGCAACGUCGACAGAAAAGGCCCGAACCGGAGGCAGCGACCAAACUAUCGAUCGCUUAUGAAACAGACGUGAAUCUUAAAAGUCCCAAUAUCAAUAUUAAAGGAGCAAUGACGCGUCGAAGGCGCAAAUUAUACUCACCAAAAGAUAACCUUACAUUUCAAGGCCCCGUCGAUCCCGAGACCGGUGUUGAGCAAACUCGAACUCCAACCACUUCCAAGACUCCUUAUCGAGAGAUUCAAGAAAUGCGAGCCACGCAUAGAGAAUCAACCAAAAGAAAAUCUAUCCCAAAGAAGGUAGUCCUGUCACCGCGAUCGAAACGGUUAAACGACGACUUCGAUAAGUUAUUGCAGACCGAUUGUAACGAUGAAAGCUUAAAGAAAUCGAACAACACCAAAGUUAUAUCGGUAUACAACUUCACCGAUAGUGACGAUAGCGAUUUCAAAGACAACGGUAACCUGACAAAACCAUCGCUACCUUUGCGAAAAAGCAAUGCUUCAGUUAACUUAAUGGAAAAAAAAUCAAGAAAAAGAAAACAAAAACGUAUAAAUGUAGUCCAAGAUACGCUCAUCGAUGAAAGGAUGCGAAACGCUACGGCAGACCUAAACACGUCUUUCACUAUUGAAGAACCCAUCGAAACGUGCGCAAACGUAGAGGUACCGGUCAUUGUUGUCGAGCCGAUCAUCAAAGAUGAAAAUAUUUCAACCAAAAAAUCAAGAAUCGUUAAGACCCGUGAAACUAAAAAGAAUACUAAAUCCAGAAAGGGCCCUAAAAAAACUAACAAACAACCUACUACGAAAGUGAUGAAUAUGUCACGCGAUAGGGACGAGAGUAUAAGCCCGGGGCUCAAAUGCGAAUUUCAAGAAGCCGAGAAGAAGCCUGACGACUCGCUAACCGAUCUGGACAAAAUUCAUAUCAUCGAGAAAGCUGACAAAGAGACCUCAUUCGAGCGUAGAGAUUGUGUCUACGAAACCAUUGAGACCAAAGCCAUCAUUGAACACGUUCCACUGGUACGCGCCCCCAUUGAGCUAGGCCAAUCCUCCCGUGGCCAACCCAACACUUUGACUCAAAGUAUUCAAAAUGUGAUGCCCGAAGCCCCUCACAAUGAGAUAUGUCAAAAUAAAAUAAGCGAAGAUGAAUGCGCGCAGCGCUUUCUACGCGUAAGUGUAGAGAGGAUGUCGGAAAAAGAUAUUAAGGAGUGGUUGUCACCACGUGCUAAAUCUUCACUGAGCGGAACGAGUAAACCCUCACCGAAACCCGAAAACGACGCACGUCCGCCGGUCGGCGAUAAGUCACAUUUAUUUUCUCCUCGAUGUGAAAUUUUAGCAAAAAACAAAUAUCGAAAAAUAUGUAAUUCUUUGAUUCUCCCAUUCAAAAACAAUAAAAAAUCAAAGGAUCACAGACCCGAACUCAAACGGGUGGAACCAGAUGUAGAUUAUACAGAGAAGGAUAAAUGUCGAAACAGUUCAUCGAUACGGGCAGUUUCUCUGAAGACUCGAAAGACUCCAAAAGCAUUUAAUAAUCGCGUGCUUAAAACGCCGGAUUCGAAGGAAAAUCUGAUUAAAGACAUCCCUAUUAAGCGCCGCGCUGAAAAGUUGCGAUCGAUUUCGUCGUCGGAUUCAGACAAACGAAGAAUUACUAGAAGAGCUCUCGAGAGGCCUAUCAGUGACGACGACUCUUCUUCGAGAGAAGAAGAGAGCGAGUCUUCAAUGAAAGAGUGUUCCAACGCUGAGACGAUACAUAAUUGGUUGGAUCGAAGCCAACACGAGCUCGAAACGGAAGAGUUCGACGGCGUAAGGGUAAACGUCUUUGGUGAUAUUUUCAAAGAGGUGCAGAAGAAAAUCGAUUUUGAUUUAGCAAAAAUUAAGAAUAACGCCAGGAAUUCGUUAGAACAUAUUCAAAGAGGUGUAGUGAAGCAGAUAGAAGAGGCACGUUUGCGUCGCCGGGCCUUGUAUACGGAGUCUGCGCGCGAGAUAUUCUCAGACAUAGGCAAAAUACUCGACGCCAAGUUCACCGAGCUCGAGGCCAAGAGUCAGAGAGUCGAUGAUCAAGUUCUGGAAAAAGUUUCGCGAGACUCGACGCAAAUGUUGUCCGAAAUCGCUACAAUUCAACUCGACUUAGUUUCGUACUUAGACGCCGAACGAACGAACAUGUAG